AGUGAGGAGUACCGGCGCCGCCGCCACACCAUGGACAAGGACAGCCGAGGGGCGGCAGCCACCGAGCACCGCUUCUUCCGCCGUAGCGUGAUCUGCGACUCCAACGCUACGGCCUUGGAGCUACCCAGUUUGCAGCCCGCAGCGCCCUCGGCCCCUGUCUCGGGAGGCAGCGCCGCUCCGUUGGUCUCUCCUCCUGAGUGUGCCAGCCGGACCUCUUGCAUCGCUGUCAGCGCCGUCCAGGCCCCCUCGCUGCUGCAGCAACCGCCGCCGCCUGCCCCGCUUCCCGUCGAAGGACAGUCUGCUCAGGAGACCCCUGCCGCCAAGGAUGCCGCCCCACUGCUGCCCAAGGAGGAGGAGGAGGACGAGGCAACUGCGCUACCUCCCACCAGUGCCGCUGGCAGCGCGUCAGCUGCCAGCCGUGAAUUUGAGGAGCGGAGAACACAGCAGGAAGACAUUGAAGAGCUUGAGACCAAGGCAGUGGGCAUCUCCCCUGAUGGCCGCUUCCUGAAGUUUGACAUCGAGAUUGGAAGAGGCUCUUUCAAAACUGUUUACAAAGGGCUGGAUACGGAUACCACUGUGGAAGUUGCCUGGUGCGAGCUGCAGGGAAAAUAAAUAAAAAUUGAUCGGAAGCUGUCCAAGUCAGAGAGACAAAGAUUUAAAGAGGAAGCUGGGAUGCUGAAAGGGCUUCAGCAUCCUAAUAUUGUUAGGUUCUAUGAUUCCUGGGAGUCUACAGUCAAAGGAAAAAAGUGUAUUGUUCUUGUGACGGAACUCAUGACAUCUGGAACAUUGAAAACGUAUUUGAAAAGAUUUAAAGUGAUGAAAAUUAAAGUACUACGAAGCUGGUGCCGUCAGAUACUGAAAGGCUUACAAUUUCUACACACGCGCACUCCUCCCAUUAUACAUAGAGACUUAAAAUGUGACAAUAUCUUCAUUACUGGCCCCACUGGAUCAGUCAAGAUUGGAGACCUUGGUCUGGCAACCCUGAAACGAGCUUCUUUUGCCAAAAGUGUGAUAGGUACCCCAGAGUUCAUGGCCCCCGAGAUGUAUGAGGAGAAAUACGAUGAAUCCGUCGAUGUAUAUGCUUUUGGGAUGUGUAUGCUAGAGAUGGCCACGUCUGAGUAUCCUUAUUCCGAGUGCCAAAAUGCUGCGCAGAUCUACCGUCGAGUGACCAGU